AUGGAUAAGAUCCGUCAUCCCAAUAUUAUUUCAAUAAUGGCUUACGCCAAAGAUUUUUCCUAUUGUUACAUUAUAAUGGAAUUAUGCAACAGUCACAAAAUUAGAAAAGUAGUAUUUAAUAAAAAUGUAGCAAGUAGAUUUGCUCUAUCAGAUUUGAAUCGAUACCAUAUCGCUGAACAAAUCUGCAUAGCUGUAGCAUUUCUACACAAGCUAGAACCUCAAAUUGUGCACAAGGACUUGAAACAAGAGAAUAUUUUAAUCGACAAUUAUUUGACUGUUACCCUGUGUGACCUUGGAACCAGCAGAUUCAAAACAAUGCCUUCAAGUUUAUUAACCACAGGUGGAUGUAGGCCCAAAAGAACAGUGUUAUACAUGAGUCCAGAGAUACUCCUUGAUAAUAAGUCGGAUACUCCAGCAUCAGAUGUGUGGGCAUUAGGUGGAGUAAUUAAAGAACUCUUUACGAAAAAGUUGAUUUCUCCCAGCGCUUAUGAAGAUGAAAUAGAAAAUUAUUUGAAAUUGAAACAAAAACCAGACCUUGCCAACGUGCCAUUAUAUCUAAAUGAUAUUUUAAACAGAUGUUUCAAUUAUUGA